AUGGUGUCCAGCAAUAGGUACCAAGCACUGCAGUGGAAUACUGGGUCAAGAAGGCUCCCUCCUAAUAAGACAACAUUUGCCAGGCUGCUGCAACAAGCCUAUACGACUGGGCUCAUAGACUGCUGUUCUUCCCUAGGCACAGCAUCCUGCACUGACCGGUGGGCUCCCUUUUGGAAGGGGUGUUCUGGAGGGCUCCCAACAAAUGAAAUUGCUUUUAGCAGGAUACUGCACCAGCAAGGUUAUUCUACAGCACUUGUAGGGAAGUGGCAUAUGGGUCAGAACUGCAAAUCCCACUGUGAUCACUGCCAUAACCCUUUAAAUCACGGCUUUGAUUAUUUUUAUGGCAUACCUCCCACCCUUCUGAAUAAGUGUCAAGGCACAGGUGACCAUGAACUGGCCAAUUUUCAAGAUACAUAUUGGCUUUAUACUCAGAUGAUCAUCCUUUCAGUGCUUACUCUUUUGAUUGGAAAACUCACCAAUUUAUUCUCAGUAAAAUGGAAAAUAAUCGUAUGUCUGGCCAUCUGUGGUCUUCUGUAUUUCAUCUCCCGGUUCUCCAGCUAUGGUUUCACUAAGUACUGGAACUGCACCCUGACGAGAAACCACGAUAUCACUGAACAACUGAUAAACCUAGAGAAAAAAAAAAGUUUUAAUAUGCUGAAGGAGGCAGUUUCAUUCAUUGAAAGCUGGAGAAAUGCAGAAGCCAGUGGAGCAGGCUAUGCCUAUUCCUCUUCCCAUUCUAAGCCGCUGCAGAAGGGACGGGCGCCGUCCUUCUCUGGUGAGCGCUGCCGCAGUAGCCAGCAUUGGAGCCGAGCGCUGCAGAGCCGACAACAGAACGCGCCGCCAGGGGGCAGCGCUGCACCGCCAACAUCCACAGCAGCCGCCGCGGAGCCCGUCGGACCCUCAGCGAGCGCUUUGGCAGAGGAGCGUGUAAAAGGUAACAUGGAAUCAAAGCUUCCAGGUUCUCCGGCGCAGGUCGCUGCCUCGCCUUUCGCUUCCACGUACACUGCACGAAAAGCCACUCACAGCUGA